AUGGACGAAGAGACGGUUCAACAACAACAAAACUUCUCUUUCCCCGUACUACCUCAGGCGGAUCUCGAAAGAGUAGCGCAGACCAUCCUUCACCUGUUCUCACCUUCUACAUCAUCCAAUCCCGAAUUAGCGAAACAUCUCCAGAGGGAACUACAGCAAAUCCAAUCAGCACAGGAAGCUUGGGGCCUGAUAGCAGGAUUGGCAGGUCAUGAUGACCCCAAUGUGAGGUUCUUCGGUGCUCAUACGGCCCAAGUGAAGAUAUCUCGAGACUGGGAGACUCUUCCCGAGGAUCUACGACCUGCCUUGCUACCUCUCCUCUUGGGCACACUUGGAAAUGCCAUCAAUCCAGCGAAUCAACAUUCCUACCAACCUGCUAAUGGUGUAGUAGUAAGAAAAUUAUUUGGAUCUCUCGCAUCCCUUCUCUUACGUCUAGCAUUCCCCCACUUCCUUCAUCCAAUCUUGACUGUUAUCCAGACUAUCCAUUCUGCCUUCGCUUCUUCCACUGCUCUACCUCCCUCAGCUCCUGGAUCAGGGUAUAACACACCUGGAGCAGGUCCCAGCCAACCUUUAUUCGACGGCGUGCCUCCUCAGCUGAAACAUCGAGUAAGGCUGCUAGCUCUAGAGUGGUGUGCGAUAUGUAUCGAAGAGAUAGGCAGAGCUGGUUUGGCUGAACAACAAAGGCAGCCGCUACGAAGACAUAUAGAGAGUGAUCUCUCUGUAGUUGUCAGUACGAUAACAGAUGCGAUGUCUGGCGAUCCAAAUCUCAGUCCGAACCAAAGGCUGAAAGAAGCCGAAGCAGCAUGUAAAUGUGCGGAAAGCUGGAUCGAUUGGGGAUUAUCACCAGAGGAAUUGAACAUACUUCUACCAGCAUUAUACAACCUCCUUCCUAUGCCUGCGGCCUCUUCAGCUUUAGUGGAGGUUUUAUCGGAAAGUAUAUUUAAGUACGGUAAAGGAACGAAAGUCCUCACUGAACCUAUGUUAGCUUGGGCAAUCGGGCCUUCCGGUCAGGCGUUGAUAGCAUCUGUUGACGAAGAGCCAUCAGAAGAAUUGAUUGGAUAUACGAAACUCCUUGCUGCUCUUGUAGAACAUUCCUCGGAAUGGCUGGUAGCUAGAAUACAGCAGAAUGACGUUCAGGCGUUCUUAGCUAUAAUAUUGCGUUUGACAGGAUGGCAGGGGUUAGGUAAUGUCGAAGAGAACCUGAGCGAGCUCACUCUACCGAUCUAUCCUAUGAUCCAAGAAGCGAUCAUGGAUGCACCUAUGUUCUCGGCUCCCCAUGAUUCAUCCGCUGAUUGGGCAGUAGCGAAAAACUUCUUCCGAGAGCUUGUGGGGGUGACUCGAAGGAAAGUCCGAUGGCCUGGAGAAGGUGAUUCGAGAGGUAGUAUUGGUGGAUUGGAUAAAGAGGAUAGGGAGAAUUUUGAGAGUUGGAGAAGGGAUGCAGGGGAAGUGAUUGUUGGAGCGUACUACAUCUUACGAGAUGAGAUGCUGGGAAACUUGACUGGGAUAGCUGGUCAACAGAUCCAGAACGGGGCGUCUUGGCAGGAUAUCGAAGCCACUCUACAUUGUAUCAGAUACUCGUCCGAAGCUGUUCCAUUAGGUGAAGAUAAGAGUCUACCCAUAUUAUUCGGGGAGCAGAUCCUCGGUCAAUUGGCUCACAGGCCAAUAAGAGGAAAAGGCGAAGAGAGAUUGAGAUUAACGGUAGUCUGCCUAAUACAAUCGUACGAAGAAUGGUUCAAGUUCCACCCAUCGCAUCUACCGCCCGUCUUGUCAUAUCUUGUUCCCUCGCUCACCUCAUCGACCACUAUCUCUCGUUCAGCAGCGGAUGCCUUGAAAGCGUUAUGUGACAUGUGCAGAAAGAAAUUGGUUGAGCAUAUUGGGGCAUUUGCCGAGUUGCACGGGAAGAUAGGUGAUUUGGGGCCUGAAGAACAGAGUAAAGUCAUACAAGGUAUAACGAGUGUGAUACAGGCUUUAGCGCCAGCCGAUGCUGUUGGACCAGUGGAGGGGAUCAUAUCGCCAAUCUUAUCACGGAUCGCUCAAGCCUUGCAGCAGUAUUCCGUCGAUCCUGCAAAUGCUCAACCUGCUUUGGUUCAGUCAACAGCAGCUUUGACUGCAUGCUUUAAGGGUCUUUCGCCAUCUGAAGAUGAAAUGUUUGAUACCACUGAUGAAGGGGACGAAGCUGCUCGAGAAGAGGCUAUCGCGCUGACCAGGGAAGAUCCCAGGAUCGUGGAGUUGAGAAGAGGGAUCGAAAAUGCCGUGGAAGGUCUAGUAGGGGUUGUAGGUCGGGGAGAAGGCGAUGCGGAAGUUGCUGAUGCAAUAUCGUCCUUAUUGAAGCAUGCUACACUAUCUUCGUCGACUUUGAUAUCCCUAUCUCCCUUACCGCUCCUCUCGCUGGUGUGUAUGGCAUGUGAGAAUUCACCUUCUGCGCUAUGGAUGUCAUUAGCAUCUACUUUGACCUUACGGGUCAACGCACCUGUCACAAGCUUCGCAAGGAAGAAGGAGAAGACCGAAGAAGUCAAGAAACAAGAGGAGGACGAACAGGUGGGCAAAUGGAAUGUCAUUGGGGACGUGGCUUCGAGGUUGGUCGUGAUUGCUGGAAGAUACUUGGAUGGAGAGGGUAUGAAAGAGCACCCCGAUGUAGUUGAAGGAUGGUUCAAAUUCUGUUCUUCUCUUGCAUCUCGGUUCCCUGGAGUGUUACUUCGUUUACCACCUCAGAUAGUGGAAGGAUACAUGUCGUUGGGUCUGAUGGGUUUGGCUACGCAGGAGAGGUUCUCGCUGAAGUCUGUUUCGGAAUAUUUUGUCGCGCUACUAGCCAAUACCCGAUACCCAUCACCACUCGAACCCUUGUCUGAUCCAUUAUUUGCACAUUUCGGACCUUCGAUCCUUCGUGCGCUCUUACUUUGCGCGGGGAGUGAGGGUCCAAGAUCGGUUAUACCUAACAUGGCUGAGUUGCUGGCUGCGUUGGUAGGAAGGAUCAAAGGUGAGGAUGUGAGUAGGUGGUUAGAUCAGAUAUUGAGUCAGGAAGGGUUUCCUGAUCCUAGAGCUACGCCGACAUCGAAGAAGAAAUUGAAAGAAGCUGUUUUGAAGUCUCGUACAGCUCGAAGAAUGAGGGAAGCUCUACAUGAGUUUGCAUUAGUAGCUAGAGGGUUGGACGGUACGACGUAUGGUAAUGCCACGGCUGUGUAG